GUUGAAUCAAAGUGCAAAAGGAUUCCGACUGCUGAGCAGCGAGCAGCAGCAGAGCGAAACACAGUAGGAGUUUCUGCAGAGACAGAGACAAGAGACAGACAGAGCUCAGAAGUAUGCAGGUAGGUCCUAGCUGUCACGCUGCGUUCUCGGAGGACUGGGCCCAAGUGCGGAGGAACGGCAGGAUUCCCAGAAAGAGACGGAAACCAUAAGUUAGAUAUUGAAACAUGGACAGAGCCUCGGCGGAGCGACUGUGCGACACCACGAACAACUCAUUCACACCGACAUCAUACACCCACCAAGGCACUGGUUUAUAUAAGCUUGGAAUGCGACAAUUAACUUGACGAGAGGAAACCAAAAAGACAAGGGUUUAAAGACUCUAAUUAAGACAUUGAUUAGCAUGCACAAGUGUUCAAAAACCCGAGAAACUCAACGCUCUACGGCAAGCCCCAGGGUUCAUGAGCUGCACGGAAUAAUCUAUAUUUCGCAUCCCUAGCGACUUAUACAACUUUAAUAUAUCUUCUCAGUUCCUGUCUCCGUACUCUAACUUAUGAAGGCCAAUGUUGCAAAAAGGCCCUUUACCACCCUAUCAAAAUGAGAAGCCACUUGCAACCAAUUAUGUAUUGUGAAUUAUGAAUCCUGAAAAUUACAUUCUUCCAACAAUGUAUCUACGUCUGAUUUGAUUCUUUUACCACGACUGUUCAUUCCAUUUGUGUGGAGGGUUUGGUAGUAGGUGACGCACACAAAGUGGUGGAAGAACUGAGCUAGCCAGGUAGCAUCUGUGGAAAGGAAUAAACAGUUGACAUUUUGGGAAGGAACCCUUCUUCCGGACAGCCAAUGACUGAUUUCGUCAGCAGGUGGCAGAGACCGCUGAAGACAAAUGGGGUGUGACACGUCGCAAUUUAGAAGACGGAUGACUCUUGAUGUCACUCUGAUGUCUGAACAUUGUGCUAAACUGGCUCCAGAAAUGUCCCAGGAUAGAAAAAAAAUCUGUUCCAAAGCCGAAUUCCUCAGUUCCCACUGCAGAUAAAUUAAUGGGAACUGUUUGCCAAGGUCAAAUACCUCUAGGGUGCAGGGAAUAUUUCCCGGCAGUUAUGCCGUAGGAAAUAAUUAAACCGAUAGUGUUUCAGUUGCCAGCUGUGCUGAGGGCGGUGGUGGUUGCAACCAAUUGUAUACGCCGAGCUCGUCCAGGUCGAUGUCAUCGGAAUCACGAGUUUUCGGGAACUCACGGGGCACUCUGCCCACUCUCCUGUGUAAUGGACUUGCGGCCAAUCAAGAGCAGAUGUGGAGGUCCUGUUCCUCUGCUGUCCCUCAAUAACAGUACUCCAUAUGUGUCUGAGUUCGUAUCCAGGAUCUGAUGCACCAUCAAUAACUCACUCUGAGACAUAAAGACGAGAUAUCGGCUUUUAUUGACUGGAAGAAGGAACCAGCAAUACCAAGAACUUUUUUCUGAAUACACACAUGUUGCAUCUAGUGUGUUCCAGGUUCUGAUGAAGAGGACUUCCCCUGUUGCUCUGUUAGGUUGAAAGAAGCACAGCCAAGCUUGCUCCUGGACAACUUGCCAUCCAUGCAGGUUGGCUGAGACACCGAUCCAGCACUGACAUUAGCACAGCCAGCUGUGAUCACACUGCCUCACCGAAGACUCCAGAGCACCAAUAAUGGCCCAGAGAGUUAUUGUCUGUGUCGCACUGCUCCUGAUGGCUUUUGAUUUGUGCCACGGUGAUUGCAAGUUUGUGAUGAAAACUGAGAGUGAGUGUUUGGAAAAGGGAAUUUCGCAUAGCGUUGGUUCUAUGUGGAAGAGUGACGACUGCUACUCUUGCUACUGUGGGAAGGUCACUGCGAUAUGCUGCACAGAGUACAUUCAACCUCCUGAUGUCUCCAACAGCUGCGAAGUAAUUUUUGACAAGAGACUUUGCAGAUAUAAGACCUAUAGGAAAGACAACCCGAACAUCUUGUGUGACUAGAAAUUGGGAAUGGAACAGUGAGAUUCAUGGGAGCAGCUUGACCCUUGUCCCCUAUGCUGUCUCCGUACCCUUGGACUAACCAAAACACCCAGCCAUCCUUCAAUAGACCUUCAGUACAAUGAGGAGUCUAAAUGUCAUGCUGUAACCUCAUCCACUGCCUGUCAAAGCCUUUAAGUAAUUAAAUAAAUCCUAUCUGAUCAGCUUCUGUUUAGA